GAACACUCGAGGGAAGGGGACGACAAAGAAGCACAGUCAGCACGUUCUCUUCAUCGAGGCCGCCUGCGAAACCAAAAUUCUGCCGUGAAGAAAUUUCCAACUACGGAGAGUGCAAGGACGAUUUAGUCGGCGGGUCGACGGGCUUGACCUUCUACAGCAUGCCACCGAUUCCGGCGAUAUUCACUCUUUUCUUGGACCCCGGGGCAGUCACCAGACCAGCGGCCUGUCCAGCUCCACUAGGACACGUAAUUCAAAUCAUACUGGAGCGAGGGACUGCCACCAAAACCAGCAGGGCCAACUUCAGUUCAAGCACGUGCCCCCAGGAUAGACGCAAGCGCGGGACUCCGGGCCCCGUUAGUCGAACCAACACGAUGUGCAGCACGACACACCGCAUAGAGUCCAGCGCGGAGUCCGGCAUCCCGUCGAGCGCCUCGCAGAUCACCAAGUUGCCCGGCUGUCAGCAACCGUCUGUGCACUCGACCCUCAAAGACGAGUUCCAGGCUUUCGAUCUAAAAGCACGCUCCGAACUUCUCUCCAAGACCACCGAGAACCGUAUAAGGUCCCGCGGACACCCCAUGCAGCGACUCUGCUCCCUGCCAGGACCAGGACGACUGCGUGGGCGGCGCUUAACGGCGCAAAGCGCCUGGUUUUCCCGUCCUGAAGGGUACCUGCAACUCUGCCGCCACGCCGGCGACAGAGAAGCUGUGGGCGUCGAAGAGCACCACCACUCUGAGGCGUUCAAGCUCAAACAGUCCUCCGGCCAUCGUGCGGUUCACGUUCGUGCGUAUACGGUCCGCCUAGAAACCACUCCUACGACUGCGGCCACGGAGACCACCCACGUGACGACGGGUCAGAGCACGCGGCAGAGUGCGACAGUGUGUGACGGGACUGACCGCGACCAGGAGGACCCUUGUGGUACAGCAGUCUCGUCGGUCACUGCCAAUGGAGACUAGGAGGUGGAGAAGCCUUUAGCGCGAGGAGGAUUCUAUUCGGACGCUAUCAGGACGCGCAUCUAACGUCACCAAGACAUGCAUAUAUUUCCUUGUUUCGGUAUUUUGAAAAUGUUAGUACGUAACUUUAAAAACUGUUUCAAAGGCCUGUUUCUGUCGCAGGUCUUGAUUCAGUUUCUGUCGUAGGUCUUGCAAUAAAAAUUAUAUGUGUCGAA